CCCAGUGCCUAGUGUAUUUGGAUUUUUUUCUUGUUUCGUGCGUGAAUUGUCCAACCACCUUGGACAAUCAGCGGGUAAUCAUCCAAUCAAAAACACAGCUCGAAUUCCUUGGAAGGACCCACCUAAUUUUUUCACGUCACUACCAGCACCAGCAAUCAAAACAAUGGAAAUUGAAAGCUCGAAUACGAGCUUGUUAUCCCGCUCGUCCAUGAUGGUUCGGGUGGUACGAGCGGUAUCACCCACCAUGUUCUGGGUGCAUUUAUUGCACACCAUGACGCAAUUUACCGAGAUGCUGGAAGACCUGAAUGAAUAUAUGAACCGCAGAAAAAAUAAAUUAUUGUAUCUGGCUACAAUUAAAGAGGGAAUUCAACUUGCAGUGGAAACUAAAAAGGGAUGGCAACGGGGCGUUGUCAUUCGCCUCAACGAGGACCAGACGGUACAAAUCGCGCUGCGUGACUGGGGCCACUUGAUCCGAUGCCCCAGGAAUGACCUCUAUAUUUUGGAAGACCAGUUCAAAAGGAUGGGCUGGCAGGCCAUCCCUUGCGGAUUAGCCUACGCCGGACCCACCACCCGCGGCGACAUGUGGUCUCGUAAAACUAUGGCCCUAACAAAAAUAUUGGCAGAACAACAAGAAGGGGAAUUUCGCAUAGUUAAACCUGUACACGGGGAAUCAGCGUUCGUAAAACUACAGAUACAGACUCCGGGAAAUGAUUAUAUGCAAGAUUUAUUGGGCUUAUUAUGCCAGCUCGGGCAUGCUCAAAAAUUAGAAACGGUGGCGACAAUCGUGUCGCCUUCAAUCAAUAAUUAUUAGAAAAAUUUCCCUUUUUGCUUUGAGUUCUUGCCACAAAUAGGCUUAUAAUAUUAUAGUAAUAGAAUAAAAAACCUGCGUGCUAGAUAUUAAGAAAAGCGUUAUUAGUUAUUAUAUAAUAUAAUAAUCAAUUAUAAUGAUAAAAAACAUUAGAUGACGAUCAUUUGCUACUUGAGUAAUUAUUUUAGAAUAUUUUUAACUUGUUAUUAA